AUGGCGGUUGGUACUGAUUCUUUCCUGCAUCUUGCACGCCCUCUUGCGCCUUCAGCGAUCGGUGUACAGCCCACAACCGCACCUCUCAAUGUCAUAAUUCAACCACAAGCCGUUUUCUCCAUCCUCGAUCAUGCUAUUCGACGUGACAUCCGCGACACACAAUCAACGCGAGUGAUUGGAGCCCUACUCGGCGUCCGCUCAGAAGACGGCAUGGAAGUGGAAGUACGAAAUUGCUUCGCGAUCCCCCAUACCGAGAACGAAGAUCAAGUCGAGGUCGACGUCGAGUACCAGAAGAACAUGCUCGCAUUACAACUCAAAGCCAACCCGAGAGAAGUGUUGCUAGGAUGGUACACGACAAGCCUUGAACUCAACAGCUUCAGCGCCUUAAUUCAGAACUUCUUCGCAAGUCCCGAGACUGGAACUUUCCCUCACCCGGCAGUCCAUUUGACGGUAUCAACGGAGGCUGGAAAGGAGAUUGAAGCGAGAGCGUACAUCAGUGCCCCGGUUGGGGUAAACGCUGAGCGUGCUGCCGAGAGCUGUCUGUUCAUCCCAGUACCAUACGAGAUCCGCUACGGCGAAGCCGAGAAGAGUGGCCUGGAGUUGAUAUCUGGAGCAAAGGAUAGCGAGAACCGAGCGGCGCCAGUAGUUUCGGACAUUGAAGGUCUAGAGAGAGCUGUGGAUCAGACACUUGAUCUGCUUGAGCGAGUAUCAGAAUAUGUCAACUCGGUUUUGGAUGAGGAAAAGGAGCCGUCGAAUGCUUUGGGACAAUUCUUGAUGAACGCUUUGUCACUGGCACCGAAAGUCGACCCACAAGACAUCGAGCGGGACUUCAACAACCAUAUCCAGGACGUUUUGGUUGUUUCAUAUCUGGCCAACACCAUUCGCACCCAAAUUGAUCUCUCGCAAAGGCUGGCUACCGCUACUCUCACUAUGGGCGGAUCAGAUGCGUUGGCAGCAACUGGUGGCGAAGGCGGUGGAGACAAGGGGCAACGUGGUGGCCAGAGAGGUGGGAAGAGGGGAGGUGGACGUGGUGGUGGGCAACAAAGAGAACCGAGAGAACCGAGAGAACCGAGCGAGUGA